AUGCUCAUCAAACACCUGGGGCCACGACGGUUGAUACAGGCGACCUUCAGAGGGUACGUGAGGCAGCGCUGGAGGCACCAGGCAAUGGCUCAUGUGUGUGUCUCCUGUGUGUGUGCCUUGGCAGGUGGGCCAUGUCAGUCGUCCGAGCCAGCCCACGAUGGGCGGGGGAAGGCCGUUCCGGCCGUAUCCCGUCCAUCACAGAUGGCUCAGGACAACACACAUGCCCUCCCUCUGGUCUGGUUGCCCAGCAGCGCUCUACCUUCAUCUAUGACCACUCGAGCGCCUGUGAGGUCGGCCACAGACUCGUCACACACGACAGCAGCCAGCUGGAUGGCGCCCUGGUCGAGCGCGUGCACUUCUUCGGCUACACGCUGUUCCGCGAGGCCAGCAGCCGGCAGUGGCAGAGGUGGAUCCCGAAGCAGAGGGCAUCGGUCAAGGCGGUGCUGCUGUCCUACCCCAGUCAGCUGCCGGCCGAUUGUCUUCGAUCACCAACUGUGCAGCAACAGUGUGCAGUGGCUCUGUCUGAGGUCGCGCGGCGGGAGUGGCCCCAGUGCUGGCAGGAGCUGAUGCCGAACCUCCUCAAUGCCGGUCAGCGCGACGAACAGACAAACAACCUGCCUGUCUGUCUCUCUGCAUCUUCGUCUGCCUGUGUGCAGGUCGCACGAAUGCCGCCCACGCGAUCAUCGUGAUAGCCGUGAUCCGCGAGCUGGCGCAGGAGUGCAGCAAUGAGUCGACCCGUGGUCUGCCGCAGCGAUGGCGGCUGGAGAUCGUCAGCGGACUGCAUUAGGUGUCCAACGACAUAUUCAACACCACCAGAGUGUACCUGACCUCACUGGGGCAGGAGGGCGGCGAGGCACUGCUCAGGGCGGCAUCCGAGAUCUUCAGGUGAGUGAGACAAGGCUGCGAAGGGCACGCCCCUAGGUGUAAUGGUGUGUUGUGUGUCAUGUGGAUGCGUCAGGGAUCUCUCUCAGGUGGUGUCGGUGAGUCGGCUGGUCGAGCUGCAGGUGGAUGAGUUCCUCUCGUCCAACCUCAGCAAGUCAGACGCGUGCAGGAAGGUACGUGUGUGUCCCCAUAAACCAUGACGCCACAUCCACACUGAUCUGUUGCUUUGUUCCCCUUCUCUCAGACAGCGCUGUCUCUCAGACAGCGCUGCAGACGUUCUCGACAUUGGCGAGUGAGGUCGCCCGGCGGGAGAACAAGAACCGGCCUGCCAACGACAUUGCCUGGAGCACCUCAACCGACUCACCAUCAAGAUCGCCGGAUUCGCACACGCUGCGCUGCCGCCACCGCCACCCGCACCAUACACAGCUGAGGUACACUCAUGGAGAGACAGGCACACUCAGUGGUGGUCGAUCAUUAUGUGUUGUGUUGUGUUGUGUUGUCGUGUGGUUGGGUGUGUGUCAGAUGAACGAGGUUGCGAUGCAGGUGGCGUACAUCCUGAGUGAGUUCCUGGAGACGUCAGGUGAGGUGCUGCUGCAGAGGCUCCCCGCCGACACGAUCGCCGUGCUGUGGCGGCAUGGUGUGGUCCGUCUGAUGCGUAACGCGUCGAUGGACCUGGUGGCUGCGGUGCUGCGCGGAGCGGCCAUGUGCACCAAACAGCUCGGACUGUGGGCCAAGUUGAUAUGUGCGACCUUCAGAGGGUACGUGAGGGAGCCUGGAGGCACCAGGCAACGGCUCAUGUGUGUGUCUCCUGUGUGUGUGCCUUGGCAGGUGGGCCAUGUGA